AUGAUCAAGGGAGAUUCAGUGGAGGCUUUGGGCAACAAUAAAGGCUCGGGCCUGCAAAACAGGAGUUUUGCUGUGGAUGAUGGGGAGCAGAGCUCCAUAGCACAGUGGAAGCUUGAAGAUGUGAAGACAUGGAUAUGGCUGCAAAAGGCAAUCCACCCAGAAUUGGAAUAUGACAUUUGCUUCAGAAAGAAAUGGAAACUUAAGCUUCGAGUUUGAAUAUCAAUAAACAAAUGGGUAAAGGAGCUGAAGCAAAAAAGAAAAGAAGAACAGCGGCUACAUAAAGCAGCGGUCCGUGCAGCAAUAUCAGUUGCAGAGGUUGCAGCAGCAUUGGCAGCCAUUGCAGCAGAGAGCGCAGAACUAGAAAGCACAAAUGCUUUGAAAGAGAGUGCUGUAGCAUCUGCAGCUGCACUAGUAGCUGCACAGUGUGCCAAAGUAGCAGAAGCUGUGGGUGCAAAACAUGAUCAGCUCAAUUCCGCUAUAACUACAGCCAUGACAGUAAAAGACCCAACAAACAUCAUCACGCUCACAGCUGCUGCAGCAACCUCUUUAAGAGGUGCAGCAACACUUCGAAGCCGGGUAGAUUGCAAGGAGAAGAUAAAAAGCAAUACAAAUACACUUCCAUAUGAUGAGUUUGACUUCGGAAAAUGCAGGGAAUCACUGGCAAAGGGUGAAGAGCUCCUAGUGGAAAAUCCAGUUGGAAGUUACAGGUUGAGGUGGGUCUCCAUUGUUCAAAACAUUAAUGGCAAGGUCCUACUAAAAGUUACAAAAAUCAACAUUUUUAUGGCAUUUUCAAGCACAAAAGAAAGUAUUGUUUGCAGAAUGGACGAAAACAUCCAUGAAGAGCACAUUAAGGAGCCUAACAGCGUUCAUUCACUCAAAAUGACAACAAACAAGGGAAAAAUCAAAUUAUUAUUCGACAAUUAUUCACAAUACAAGAAAUGGACAAUGACUAUCAAUCAGAUGCUAAUUCUUUCCAUAACACUCAGCAAUUACUAA